AUGUCUACGAUCGGCAGUGUCAUAUUGUACACGACUGCGACGCCGAUCCAUGAUCUCCACUAUGCUGACGCGUUAUUCAUGAGUUUCAGUGCUAUGACAGGCACAGGGCUGAACGUGGUGGACUUGGCCACCCUUAAUGGUAUACAGCAGGGCACCCUCUUCACGCUUUUGAUCUUGGGCCAUGCUAUCUUCAUUGUUGGAAUCCUCUCUUUCCUACGCGCCCGGACUCUUCGCUCUGUUUUGAAAGAUGUGCAACGAAAGACCUGCGAUCAGACUGUUACUCAAACGUCGACCGUGCAUAUACAGACAGAGCAGAGUCUUGAAGAGAAGAAUGGCGUCCCCUCUGUCAUUAUCACCAGUUUGCCCAAAAUAAGCGCGACGGUAGGAGAACUACCAGCCGAUAUCUCGACAUUUGGAAAGUCAGAACACGAUGUAUCAUUAAACGAUCCCGACUUCAUUAUGAUCACUCAUCCAGAUAUGUCAGAUGAAUGCCAAAGAGUCACUACCAUCACAGUCAUAGGCGACAAUGCCGACGUCUGCGACGCAAAAACCCGCGUGUUCCGCAUGAUUGGCAAACUCAGGAGCACUAUUAAACAGAGCAAGACGAACCUGACAAUGGUCAGUUCAAUCGACUGUGAUGAGCCAGGAUGGACAGAGUACAAGGCACUUUCCUUGAUCUCAGCCCUGGUCAUACUCUACUACAUCGCCUUCCUCUCCGUCGGCAUUUUAUGCUUAGGGCUUUGGAUGAAAUACUGCCGCCCAGAAAUCGCCGAAGUAGAUGGAGUAUCUCCUUUCUGGACUGGUGCUUUCCUUGCUACAUCUGCAUUUGCCAACAAUGGCAUGUCUCUGCUCAGUGCCAAUAUGGGUCCCUUUCAACGAGAGCCUGUUCCACUUCUCGCCAGUGGCCUCCUCAUCCUCGCUGGGAAUACACUUUUCCCGUGCUUGCUCCGGCUUUCCAUCUGGGCUGUCCGAAGGAUGAUCCCAGAGAAACCAGCCUGGCAGGCGUGGCGACGAGUGUUCGAUUUGACUCUUGCUCAUUCCCAAGAUGUCUGUGCUUAUUUAUACCCUUCCUGGCAUACAUGGUUCCUGCUCGGCACAGUCUUGGUGCUCAAUGGCAUCAUGUGGGGAGCUUUCGAGCUUGCUGCUUUAUACAACGUUGAGAUUGCGGCUCUUUCUCCUAAAUACCAGGUCUUAGAUGGACUCUUCCAGGCUUUAGCCGUGCGUGGUGGUGGUUUCUCAGUCGUGGCAUUUGAUGGUCUGCCACAGGCAUUACUUAUCUUAUACGCCCUGAUGAUGUAUCUUUCUGCCUUCCCAGUAUCAACUAUUAUCAGUGGAAGAGACGCAAUCAAAGAGAGAUCCAUGAGUAUCCCUGACAAAGAACUCGAUCCCACCGUCGACCCAACCCCCUCAAAACUCGCCCGCGGCCAAUUCUUCUGCAAUCAACUCCGUUCUCAAUUCAGCCACGACAUCUGGCUAAUCUCCCUCGUGGUCCUCCUCGUAACUGUCGCCGAAUCAGACCACUACAAAGCCCACCCCGUUUCAUUUUCCACUUUCAACAUCAUCUUCGAAAUUAUAUCCGCAUACAGCUGUGUCGGUGUGAGCAUUGGAUACCCCGGCAAGAGCUAUGCCUUCUGUGGCGAGUGGCACCCAUUCAGCAAACUUUUGUUAAUUGUCACUGCAUUGAGAGGCCGUCAUCGCGGUCUGGAUUUCUCUCAUGGCAAGGCUAUUUCGCUUGGCGGGUCUUGGGAACCCGUUGAGGAGAAGAUAUCGCAACAGCGUAAGGCUGGACCGCCCUGUUGUGUUUGA